GGUCGCGAGGGUAGUGGUAGUGGCGAUGUGCCGGAGCAAGUGUUUCCUCAAGGCUCGCGCUUUCUGCUAGGGGCUUGCCAACAAUAUUCCACCUAGAUACAUCUAUCAAGUAACUCACAGGCGUUCAAUCAUCUUAUAUAUAUAUAUCUUAGCUUCUUCAUGUUCAUAUCGCAGACGAGGUUGAGAGGUGGACACGACCUUGCCUAAAAAAAAAAAAAAAAAAAGCAUCUUUGAGAGCACCAAAAUUUACGAUGCCAUCCCCGAUGGAGGGAUCUUCCAGAGAAGGCGACCUGUUUACUGUGAAGCACGAGCUGAAACAUGCCAACCUGACGGGCCAUGUGGAGAAGGUGGGCAUUGAAAACUUUGAGCUAUUAAAGGUGCUGGGCACAGGAGCGUACGGCAAGGUGUUCUUGGUGAGGAAAGUGAGCGGUCAUGAUGCAGGAAAGCUGUAUGCCAUGAAGGUCCUGAAGAAGGCCACUAUUGUACAAAAGGCCAAGACCGCGGAACACACGCGCACAGAGCGACAAGUCCUGGAGCACAUCCGCCAGUCUCCGUUCCUCGUCACUCUCCACUACGCCUUUCAGACGGAUACCAAGCUGCACCUCAUACUCGAUUACGUAAAUGGCGGGGAGCUCUUCACACAUUUGGUACAAAGGGUGCGAUUCAAGGAGAAAGAAGUAGCCCUGUACAUUGGAGAGAUCGUGUUGGCCCUGGAGCAUCUGCACGAGCUUGGGAUCGUGUAUCGUGACCUGAAACUUGAGAACAUUCUACUGGACUCCAGUGGUCAUAUAGUUCUCACAGACUUUGGCCUCAGUAAGGAAUUUGAUCAGGUGGAAAGGGCUUUCUCUAUCUGUGGCACCAUUGAAUACAUGGCUCCAGAAAUUGUGGAGGGAGGAGAGUCUGGACAUGACAAGGCAGUGGACUGGUGGAGCCUCGGCGUGUUGAUGUACGAGCUAUUGACUGGAGGAUCACCCUUCACAGUUGACGGAGAUGAGAACUCUCACACAGACAUUGCUAAGAGGAUCUCUAAGAAGGAUCCUCCUUUCCCCAAAGAUAUGGGACCACUUGCCAAAGACCUCGUCCAGCGACUCCUCAUCAAAGAUCCAAAGAAGAGAUUAGGCUCAGGUCCUAAUGGAGCAGCGAAUGUAAAGAAACAUCCUUUUUACCAGAAAAUUAACUGGGAGGACUUGGCAGCUAAGAAGGUGCCUGCCCCAUUCAAGCCAGUGAUUCGGGACGAGCUGGACGUCAGCAAUUUUGCAGAUGAGUUCACCGAGAUGGACCCCACCUACUCCCCGGCAGCUCUGCCUCAGAACUGUGACCGCAUCUUUCAGGGUUACUCGUUCAUGGCCCCCUCCAUCCUGUUCAAGAGGAAUGUGGUGAUGGACGACCCUGUCCAGCUGUGUGGGGGCUCCGAGAGGCCGGGCUCUGCCGCGGUGGCCCGCAGCGCCAUGAUGAAGGACUCGCCCUUCUAUAUGAAUUAUGAGAUGGACUUGAAGGAUAGUGCUCUGGGAGAGGGCAGCUUCUCAAUCUGCAGACGCUGCACACACAAGAAGACAGGACAGAAGUACGCAGUGAAAAUUGUCAGCAAGAGAAUGGAAGCACAGACGCAGCGGGAAAUAGCAGCCCUGAAGCUCUGCGACGGCCACCCAAACAUCGUCAAGUUACACGAGAUUUACCACGACCAGCUCCACACUUUCCUGGUUCUGGAGCUGCUCGGUGGAGGGGAGCUGUUGGAGAGGAUCCGCAGGAAGCAGCAUUUCAGUGAAACAGAGGCGAGUCGCAUCAUGCGCAAACUGGUGUCUGCUGUCAGUCACAUGCACGACGUAGGAGUGGUGCACAGGGACCUUAAACCAGAGAACCUGAUCUUCACAGAUGAGAGCGAGAACUCCGAGAUCAAAAUCAUAGACUUUGGCUUCGCCCGCCUCAAACCACCAGACAAUCAGCUGCUGAAGACUCCGUGCUUCACCCUGCAGUACGCUGCGCCAGAGAUACUCAAAUACGAUGGCUACGACGAGUCCUGUGACCUCUGGAGUCUGGGGGUCAUUCUGUACACCAUGCUGUCCGGUCAGGUGCCUUUUCAGUGUCAGGGGAAGAGCCUGACCCACACCAGUGCUGAGGAAAUCAUGAAGAAAAUCAAACAGGGGGACUUCUCUUUCGAAGGAGAGGCCUGGAGAAACGUCUCGCAGCAGGCCAAGGACCUGAUACAAGAGCUGCUCACCGUGGACCCAAACAAGAGGAUUAAGAUGUGCGGCCUCCGUUACAACGCUUGGCUCCAGGACGACAGCCAGCUGUCCUCCAACCCGCUCAUGACCCCGGACAUUCUCGGCUCCUCCACUGCCUCCGUCCACACUUACGUCAAAGCCACCUUUCACGCAUUUAACAAAUGCAAGCGGGAGGGUUUCCGCCUGCAGACGGUGGACAAGGCGCCACUAGCCAAAAGGAGGAAGAUGAAAAAGACGAGUACAAGCACGGAGACCCGCAGCAGUUCCAGUGAGAGCACCCACUCCUCGUCCUCGUCCUCACAGUCUCAGGAGAAGACUUUUCCCGAGGGCGACACCACCAACCCGCAGCCCCCCAACAGCACCCCUGUCAACACACCCGUGGCCCUGGGAACGGACUCUGCGCACCAGCCGGCGCCUCCGGCGUUUCACUUCUCAGAAGCACAGUGAAACAUUGAGGGAAAAAAGGAAGAUUCAGACAGUUUUGUGAAAAGAAAGAAGGCUCCGACCGGGGCAGAGACGGCUCUCUCCCCUCUUUCUCUCUUUCCCUGGCAGCUCUCUGUCCCCGGCUCAAUUGCAUGGACGUCUGCAAGUCCCCGAAGCAUGCAGCAAGAGCAACAACCGUCACCUCACUAUCAAUCAGUCAAUCAAUAAAUCAUCACUAGCAAUAGCCUGUCCCUCUCACUCUCUCUCACACAGACUGUAUCAAUCAGGGACUGGACAAGGAAGAAGUCGUCACCCGUGUCCAAAAUGGAAAGGGCUGCCCUCCUGCCGCACGUCCAGACAGACGAUGCAGAGACUCCUUCAGUCUAGUCACGAAAUCACAGCUCUGUCCGCUCGUCUCCGUCGACGCCUCCAGAGGUUUUAAAGGGAAAGUCGCCGUGUUUACACCGUGGAAGCUUUGUAAUUUUUUUGGGGUCAAAGGGAGAGAAGAAUGCAAAUGUGCUGCAGCGUAGCGCAACGUUUGGGUCGACUUCUCUUUUCUGGGAAGUCUCUGCGAGAUGGUGCCGGGUAUUUAUGUAUGUGAAUUUUACAGACUGAAAUUUAUUUAUAUUAAGCUAUAUUGCUAACUUAUUUAUGGUUCAGACCGAUGCGUAGAGAACUUAUGGAUAAAAGAGAUAUUUUAUGUAUGCGUGUAUGUGGUAAUCCCUAUCAGCUCUACAGACUGUUUCCACGUAGUCAGAUAGUUGUUUGUACGUCUUCGUAGUCUUCAGACACCAACGCUUCUAGUCGUCGGCUAACGAGGCGCAUAGUGGGCACGCUGUGAGAAAGAAAACGCGAGAAGAGAUUAACACCAUGAGCUACUGGUUAAUGGUCGUAAACCCUUUUGUUGAAUUUAUGUGACAGACUUUAAAAAAAUUAUUUAUGGAGCCUGGUGAGUUUUGGGGUUUAACUGCAGCUCUGUCCAGUGGUCAAAAAAAACUAAACAAUUUCCUUACCUAUAAGGAAUAAAAUAAGCAAACGUGUAAACAUGUUUUUGUAGAAACAACCUUAUGUGGAUGUAGUUUGUUCAGCCAAAAUCUUGUGGGUUUUAUUGUCGUGUGGGGAAAUACUGCUGCCUGAGGGGGCGUGACCCUGCAAGAAGAGCUAUACUUAGAAUUAUUUCUGCCUCCGAUGUGGGAGUGUGACGACUUUCAAGACGCACCACUGCCACUGUUCCACAUGGUGUGUGUGUGAUCCUUAAAUCAGUAUUUAGCCCUGGCAGUUGAUUUGCCGUGUUGUGUUGUGUAAAUUUGCUAAUUGUAUCAAUUAUACGACCAAUUGGAUUGGGCAGAAUGGUACAAAUGGGAAAAUCCAGAUCGGCUUGGUGCGCGAGGUGAAUGACGUGGACUUUACUGAGAUCCGGGAUGCUGAGAUCCGGACAGCCUCGAGUGGCCUCCUUUUUUAAAAAUAAAGCAAGAUUAGAUGGAAAGGUUACUGUGCCAAAAUAUGCAGCAGUUAAAUCUGGUUAGGGUCAGGGGUGGUGAUGCAUUAUGGAUAUUUUAAGGCAAUUCGUCACCACCCUUAGUCUUAAAGCUACUUCAUAACAUCUACCCUUUAUGAAAACCUCAGUUUCUGAGGACAGACCUAAGAAAAAUAAAAAACUCCUUUAACUUUUUACUCCGACCCUCUGUUAGCGAUGCUGUACUGCACGACUGAAAUGGAAAUCUUUGCACUGCGUGAGGCAAACGUCUGGUUCGUAUUAAGUCCCCUGUGCAUGAUGUCAACUGAAACAUCCGCCUCUUUUCUUUUUAAGGAAAAAUUCUCACUUGAUUCUUUUUUGUUAACCUGCAUAUUUAAAUAUCUCCAAUUUCAUUUGGGGAUUUUGAAGUUUUACUGGUUCAAGUGCAGACGUCCCCCCCUUUUCAAUAGCCUGAAUAUUGUAAUGUUAAAGAACUGGUAUUAGCAAGAUAGUUAGCUAAUUAAAAUGCAAUGCUCUUUUUCAUAUAUAUAUAUAUGUAUAUGUAUAUAUGUAUAUGUAUAUAUAUAUGUAUAUGUAUAUAUGCAUAUGUAUAUAUAUAUGUAUAUGUAUAUAUAUAUAUAUUUUUCAUAUUGUGUUCUAGUCUGUGUCCAUGGUAGUUGAAAUACUGUAUUCAGUUGUACAGGGGUAUUUUGUGAUCAGUAUGUGAAGUUGCCUAGAAACCGAAGUUUUCUCUCAUUCAGUUCGGGCACAGGUUCGUGGUUGGACGACUUGUGCGCAUCUAAACACACACACUCCCUCAUCUUCUUCCAUUCGAAUGCACUCUGAAUCUGAACCAAAGCAUUGAUUUCGAGGUAGCUACUCUGAGCUGCAUGAGAUCUUUUCCUUUCAUGCAAAUAUGCAACAAAAUGCUUCAUGCAUCACCGUUUCUGUUUUUUUGUUUUUCGUCCAACCGGUGAAAUAUUUUAGACGAGUUCUUUUUUUUUUUGUUCACUUGGUUUCCUCAGAGAUUCCUUUCAGGAUGAACGUACAGUAUCCAUAUGCAGCACAUAAUCAUGCUUACAACUAUGCAUUCUCUUUUCACUAUUGUGUUGCUUUUGCCAUUUUUAAAAAGGAAAAAAACCCUCAGCAAAUGGGUUCAAACGUAGUGUAACACGAUGUAAAUGUACUGUAGUUUUACUCCUGUAAAAUCAGCUACAAACAAAAAAUAGCAAAGGGGGAUCAAUCGCUCGUACAGAAGAAGAAAAAAGCGGGAAUUCUUGGAGCUGAACACUACAGCGCUCUCGCCUAACUCUGUUUGCAUGAGUUCCCCGCUGCUGCCUCAUUAAGGCUCUUUUCUUUUGUUUGGGUGUAUAAAUAGCUCGAGAGGAGGAAGAGGAAGAGUGUCCUAUAUCCAGCCCCCCCCCCCCCCCCCCCCCCCCCUCUGGGAGCCAGGCUCUAUUAGCUGAUGUGCUGCAUUGCAGUUUGUUCAAAAGAAAACACCGUGCUCCGCUCGCUGCCUCCGUGGGACCCGAGCUCACAGUCUUUGUAGGGAGAAAAUACCAGUGGGUUGGUGUAGAACCAGUGUCUCGUGGCCUCUCGCCCCAACCUGGAUGAGCACUCAGUGUUCAUUGUGCCACAAACAGGGGAGGGAGGGAGGGAGGGUUUCGCUCCGACGUCCUGUUGUCUUUGAUACACUUUUUUUUUUUUGUCGAUUCCCUUGAACUUGAAUGAAAGUUCCCGAUCUGCCGACAGUGCUUCCUCUUUGAACGCACCCCCACUUGAUGAGCUAAACCUUUAUACCUUUUUGCGAACGUUAUUUGGAGGGCUGAUAGUUUAAACUGUUUUUGUACAAAUCAGUUACUGCUGUUUUUAUGUUCCUCGAGUCGACCGAUCUGCGUUUCUGUUCCUCCUGUGAGUUGCUUCGUGUUACGUGGUUGCCAAAGCUGAAGGGGAUGUUGUGCGUGGAAAGCAAUGCCACUUGCCUAGGUGCACGUAGUGGAUUUUGGAACAGAUGGCCGAUGUGGUCAGAUUUUAAAGUAUGGUCUCGUACGGAGCUGUCCGUGGUGCUGAAAUGGCCAAAACCUAUAGUGGUGCUGCACCAAAAAAGAGUAACGAGGAACGAUUUUAUUGAUAAUUAUAGCAACAACAACAAUAAUGAUAAUGAUCCACAAAUAGGAUUAUAAACUAGAAACAUGAUGGGAAUUCCAUCAGAUGUAAUGAAUGACAGAAGACAAUCGCCUGAAUAUCAUCAUGUAUGAAAUUGAUUGACUAAGUGUAAGAUACACUUUUAUGUAAAUAGUAGUUUGAAAUAACAGAAGAAUAAUAUAUUGUGUGUAUACUGCUGAAACCAAUGCUUUAAAGGGUCAGUUUGCAAAAAAUUACAAUAUCAAACAAAUAGAAUUAGGGCUGUAACUAACGAUUAUUUUUUUUAACGAUUCAUCGAUCAGUUGUUUGGUCUAUAAAAUGGUGGAAAAUGUCAAUCGUGUUUCCCAAAACGUGUUGUUUUGUCUUGUCAGCACACCAAAGAUAUUUAGUUUACUGCCAUAGAGGAGCAAAGAAACCAGAAAAUAUUCACAUUUAAGAAUUUGACAUCAUAAAAUAUUGAACCAACUAAUCAAUUAUUAUAAUAGUUGGUGAUAAAUUAGUAAUCAAUUACUUGUCGAUUAACUGUUGCAGCUCUAAUUGUGUGUAGACUCCGACAAAAAUGUUGUAAACGACUGCUUUAAUGGAUAUGUUCGCAAAAAAUUACAACAUCAAACAAACUGAAACAUUAAAAUUGAUAGAAUAAUGAAAUAAGUAUUUUUGUGGGGAUAUCUUGGGUGAAUUGACAGUUUUAAUUUUCCUGUAUAUGGUACUUUAACAUAUAUGUUCUUGAGUUUAUUAGGUUCACGGAGUCAGUAUUGAUCUAUGUAAAGUCGGUGAGAGAGAUCAGUACUACAGGAAAAACCUUUUAGCAUCAUCAUCAUCAUCAUCGCCGUCCUCGUCAUUACCGCAGCUAACACCGUCACCGCUACCGCUCGACUCCCAUCAAUCGAAUUGAAUCGCCGUCGAUUCACAUAAUCAUUAAAGCGUGUCACUAAGUACUGUAGCAGCGAAUGCCUUUGAGAUUGGUCGAUUUAUCAAACUGUUUUAAAAACACACACAAUCAAGCUUUUAAGGGCAAAACUUUGCACUUUGUAUGUUAUUUUAAUCGUGCAAUGGAUUUUUUUAUUUUGUAAAAGAAAAGGAAAAAACGAGUCCUAUAUUUGUUGUUUUUUUUGUGCGGGUUCAGAUCGUCUGUUUCUGGUGAUGACCUGUGUCCAAUAUUUCCCGAUACGAUUUCUUCGAAUACAAACCUCAACUCCAGAUAGUACUUUAACCUAUUGCAAGGGUUACACCGUGUGCUUGUACUGUACCUGCUUUUUUUAGGGCACUGUGAACAUCGUCAUUCAGGUAUUCAGGCACAACCAUUGAUAAUAUGAGGAAGAAAAAACAAACUCAAACCUUGAUUUGCUUCAAUAAAUGCUUUACUUGUUGGCCGCGACCAGACCACGACGAGUCGUCGAAGUGAUCCUUGGCUUCGUUGUGUUUUCAAGUGUUUUUUCAUCAUUCCUGCAGAUAUUUUGUGAUACCAGGAUUUUUUUUGUUUGAGUUGUCAAGAAUGACAAUAAAUGUGCGACUUCCUGUUCACUUACUGGCCUUGGCUAUUAAAUGAUAGAUAGAAACGCUCAGAUUUAAUAAUGGUAUUCUCGUUUUAAAAGGUUAAUAAGCGGGCAUGAAAUCUUUCAUUUCAGCAGCCAGCCUCUAGAUGGCAGUGUUUAAUAAAGCACCAUGAGGGGAACUGUUGUCCAGUCUUAAUGAGCUAUCCAUUGAUAAGACAAAUAAAAGAUUCUGUUAAACAUG